AAUUACGAAUUUUUAUCGCCUCUUUAAAGUUUUAAACACUACUACGAUAUGUUAGUUUGCGUAACUCCUUAAAAUACCUUUAUUAUAUUUUGUUUCAUGAACAGUAAUCGAAAACUGUAAUAUGAAUCCAGUUAUUUCGUUGGUGUUAAAAACAUUGGGAUUUACUGGGCUGAAAAAAAUCGCAAACGAAAAGUUCGACAAGGCUAUAAAUCUAGCCAAAGAUGGUAUGAGUAAUGUUCAAGAUACGACCUAUAAGGGUGGCCUGUUCUCGAUGAUAAUUAUAACCAUCAUAUGGAUAUCUAUAUUUUUGUACAUAGCAUUCUACUAUGCCUACAUGCCGUCUCUUAUCCUCAACCGUCCCAUUCAUAUGCAGUUCAAGUGAGUAUUAAUUUAAGUUUUAAUCGUAUUGGGUACCUAUAUAUCUGUUUAGCCUAAGGAUUUCUUUCUACUGAUCUUAAAAAAAUAUAAUUAGCUUAAAACUUUCAGAUUUAAAAAAAUGCUAAAACAAUACAAUUUGAUACACAGUAAAUACAAAAAUCAUAACUAACAGAAAUUGCAUUUUUUUUAUUCAUAUUCCUAAACAUGAAGUUUUACAAAUAUUAUAGAAUUAAAUUGAAUACCUACUUUUAAAUCCUUGAACAUGUUAGUUACAUGCCCAAAUUCGUGAAGCCAACUGCAUUUUUGACAUUUAUUUUACUACUAGGUACCUAAUUUAGGUUCUACUACCUAUUCAAAUAAGGCUUUCUAAACUUCUAUUAAUCUACCAAAUUGUUAAUUGGAAUAGCCAUAAUAUGUAAAAUAUAUUACUAGUAUUAAGUAAUAUUAAAUACUUGUAGUACACUUGAAAAUGCAUUGUUACUUUACUACUUAUCUAUAAUGUUAACAAAAAUAGUGCACAUUAAACUUGACAAAUAUUAACACUUUAAUAAAUCAUUAAAAUCUUAUUUUUUAAAUAAGCUUCCAACAAGAAUAGAAUAAAAAGAUUAGCUAGGUACCUAAGUAAAUUAUUACUAUGCAUAUUGUAUUAGUUUUCUUAUUAUAAAUCCUGAUCUCAUGUGGGGUCCAUUAUCGAAUAAAUAAACAAUAAUAAUAAUAACAGUGAUGAGAAAAACAUGUUAAAUUUUCAAAAAAUGAACUCGAAUGUGAACUAUUCCUUAUGUUUUAUGAAUGUGAACAUUUUAUAGUUUGUUGAAUAUUUAACAUCAUAGACCAUAGUUAUAUUAAUUACUUAAAUUGCAUGUACACAUUGGCACAUUGAAUAAAACAAUUUGAAUUUCAUACAUUGAAUUUUUAUUUACUGGGGGGGGGGGGGGAGAAAUGACAAGUACCACUUAUGUAUUUUUAUUGAUUUCUAGUUAAUACUACUAAUAGAUAAAAUAUAAUGAUUUUAGAUUCUGAGUGGAACGAGGAAUGUAUUGGUUUUACAAUGAUGUUUAUUUUUUAAAUUUUUUUUUAUGCUAACACUUUUUCUGAAAGAAAAUUUUCUCUGGGUGGUACUUUCAAGAGGUUAUUUUUUAAAAUUCUCAUUAAUAUUCAAGAUAAUGAGGAAAUCCUCGGUCUUUAGAUUAAAAAAGAUUGAAAAAUUAAAAAUAAGGUUGUCAUUGACAACCGUUUUUAUUUAUUUUUUGUUAUUAUUUUAAUAUUUUUUAAACUGUCAUUGUUGUCAUGGAAACACAUUGUUUUAAUCAUUUUACAUGUACUGUAUUGUUGACAAAGCAACUGAACUCAGCUCAGAAUUGUUUUUUCGUUAGCAAUGGUUUAUCGUUGCUUACAGAUAUACAUUAAAUUUCCAACUGUAGCUUACCUUCCCAACUUCCCACGUGCAAAGUAUGCCCUUUUUAUAAUUUUAAAUAAUAAUAAUGUAUCAAUACAUGUAUAUAGUUAUGUAUUAAUCAGUAGAUAUUUUUAUAAUUCUUAAUAAGAAAAAUGCAGUUAGUUACUGUUCAGUGUUUAGUAUUUAUACAUAUUUUUAUAUUUAUAUAGGUUCUUGCUCAGAACCAACAUGACAUGAUAAGUAUCUAUUUUAAAUUAUUUAUUGAAUUUAAAAAUAUAUAUUAUAUAGGUAAUUCAUUAAAUAAACUAAUGUAUUAGGAACUCAAACUGUAAUGAAAUAUUCAGUUAUGAAUGAUUUAUUUUUGUGGAGUGGGGUUUUUUAUAGUUUAUAUAGUUUAGGUACAAUGACCUAGAUUUUGGAGAUAAAAUAAUACUAUACCUACAUUUUUUUUGUUUUUUUUGAUGAAUUUUCUAUAAUGUAUAAUGUAAAUACAAAAAUAUUCCCUCGGAAAGUAUAAAAUUUAAAAAUGCAUUAAUAAUUACCAAAAAAAUUACAUUAUGUUACACCACUACUUAAAAAUAAAAAUGAUACCCAUCAGCUUCUACGUUUAUAAAAACAAAUUUCAAUAUAUUGUAUACACCAUGUAUUAGAGCAAAUGUAACAAAUUCCAGUUUUUUGUUAUGACAUUAUUUAAUACCUAAAUAAUUAAAUAAUUUUAGUUAUUGAAAUUGAACUAGUUAAUUUUAAAAAUGAACUUUGAUUAAUUUAAUUUGAGAAGUAAAAACUAGAAUUUGAAUUUAAUGUCUUAAACUUUAAUAAAUAUUAAAGUUUAAGAUUAGAAGUUUAAAUAGCUUUUCCCCAUCACUGAAUAAUAACAAUAAUUUUUAUAUAUUUUGUUUAAGAAACUGUUAUAGCAAUAAACAAUUAUGCGAUUAUCCUUCAGCACAUGUCAAGUUAACAAAAAAUCAUCAGUUGUUAAUGAUCGGUCAAAAAUACAAAAUGAUAGUCAAUAUGGAUCUACCAGAAUCUCCUGUAAAUGAAAAAAUUGGUAAGAAUUAAUAUAAACUAUUAUAAUUUCAUAAAUGCAAAAUUAUUUUAGUUUAGUUUUAUUUUUGUUUAGGAAUGUUUAUGCUUUGUAUUCGUUUAAAUGACAAAUAUGGAUAUCUUGUAUCCUCUACUUGUCGAUCGAAUAGGUUGAAAUAUAAGAGUAGCUUGUUUCAUAUUAUUUAUACAAUAUUUAUGGCUCCAUUUUACUUGGCUGGAUUAUCUGGAGAAAAUCAAUUGAUUCAGUUUGAAAUGUAUACAGAGUUUGAAGAAGAUCAAGUACCUAUUCAUAAAUGUAAAAUUAUAUUGUAUAUUUUGUAUAAUGUAAUUUGUAUGUUCUGUUUUAGUUACAUCCAGUUACAGAUAUUUAUUUUGAGUUGCUGGAUUAUGACAUUCAAAUUUAUUCUGCCAAUAUAAACAUCAUUGCAAAUUUGAGUGGUUUACGAUACCUCAUGUUUCAUUGGCCAAUAUUAUCUGCUAUACUAGGUAUUGGAUCAAAUCUAUUAUUUGUAUUUUUUGUGUUUUCAAUGUCAUGGCGUCACAUAUAUGGAGCAGAAAUUUAUAGAUCUGAACCAAAUGGUAAUACAAAUUACUUGCAAUACUUCUAUUAUGCUAAUAAUAUUCUAAAUUAAUUUUUGUAAAUAGAUCUUUUAGAUCUAUGUGAAGUUUUUGAUGACUAUGUAACUGACCAGGAAAAUGAAUCAAAUGAUUCCUGUAACACAAGUUUCUCCUAAUCCAUCUUCAAAUCUUACAGUUAUUGAACAAUAGCUAUAAUUUGGAACAGUCAAUGGAAAAUAUUAAUAAAUAAAUAGAUAAUCUGUUUGGUAGUGUAUUAUAAUAUGAUAAAAAAUUUUACAAUUUUUUUUUGUAUUUAAUGUUUUUUGUGAUUUUAAUUGAUAAUAAAUAAUAAAAAUGUUCCUGUUUUUUUAUUAAGAUUAUAAAUAUAUUUUAAUUCAGAAUUCAAUAAGUUAAGUUACUUUAUCUAUAAUUUUUAACCAGUAAGUUGUGUAACUAAUAAUUAUUUAUUUUGUUAUUUAGAUACUAAUAUUAAAAAACUAUGUACUUUGCACGUGGGUGCAGCCACUGUUGUAGGUGGAAAGUUGAGAAUGUAGGAUGCAGAAGGGAAUUUAAUGUUUACUUGUAAGCAAUAUAACAAUAAUAAUAAUAACAAUAAAUAAAUAAAACCGGUUGCCAAUG